GUCGUAUGCAUACCAUGUAUAGGUACAUAAGAGACGAUAGCUUUAAGACGGACGUAGGCCGGUAUAAAGAGGCAUUGUACAUUUAUUUUACGUAUUAUUUAAUUAGCUAUAAUAGAGUGAAAACAAAGAAAUUUACAAUAGACUGCAAAGCAAUGAAGCUGCUAAUUCUGUUACUGUUUAUCAACAUCUGCAAUGGAUUUUUAGUCAGAGAAAUUUCAAACAAAGUGAAACGUCAAUUAGAGCCAAACUUUUUGUGCAGUAUUGGUCCAUCUCCACUCAGUGCUAGGGCUGAGGUAUCAUUCAGAGCACGACAGGGAGUUGUGUAUGUGGAUCCUACAAGGCCUGCAACGUGCAAUGGAAGGGUGGACACUAUUGAGACAUGCUUUGAAAUAAAUGACAAUAUUGCAGAAAAUUUCCCAUCAUUUGACUUGAUUAAUCUCAGGCCUCACGCUGGAGGCUAUCAAUUACAACUGUCAUUGGUUAUACCAAUAAACGAGAUAACUGAGGAUGAAAAUUCACACUUAAUUAGCUUGUAUUGUCAGAACAUCACUGUACCUAGUGCAUUCACUGUGAGAAAGGGAGAUUUGAUUGGUUUCAGAUCUUGGAACAAUAUUGAGAUUGCAUUCACCUUUUUCCCAUUUGAGGGCUCUCUUCGAUCAGUGAGACUGGAGCCAGUGUUGGGAGUGGAGACUGUGCAAGCAGAUGACCUCAGAGUGGACAGCAAGAAUGACAGUGAGCUGCCAAUGUUCAGAGUAUUCAUAGUGGAUGAUGGUAUGAAUACUGGAGGACCUGCCACUCCAGGGGACUGCCCUACCACUAGCACUAGCAAUGCUGACAAUGAACCAGGAGGGGGUGGUGCGGGUCCAGAUCUCAACUUUAACAAUAUCUACAAUAUAACGUACUCGUCAUUUGUGAUUGGCUUUAUUGUGGCUGUAAUCAUUGUCUUUGUCCUGGUACUAACUGUGCUUGGGAUGGGAAUGUCGAUGUGUAAAGGAGGACGCAAAUGUUUGAACAAGAUUUGUUGUUGCUGUCGCAAAGGAAAGAACAAAAACAAAUUCAAGGAACUACCGGGAAUGGAUGGAAGUACAACCUUGUGAACAUUGAACACACGUCUUUAUCAUUGUCUCACAAUAAAACUCACCCAUUGACUGUUAAUAUAAUUACGCUUGCCACAAUUAAUGUCAUUUUAAAAUAAACUUUUUUUGAACGAAUAAAAAAAAAUUUGCACAAUAUAA